GGGAGGGGGACGGCGGCCGCCGCCAUGAUGCUUGUUUGCUUUCAAUGAAAACGAGGGGGGCGCGGAAGAGGAGGCGUCGGCGUCGGUGGCGGCGGCGUCGACGGCGCGGAGGCGAAGGCGGCGGCCGGCGCGGCGAGGAGGGCGAGGCCGGGGUCCGAGAGGGCGGCAGAGCGUAGCGGCGGCUCGUGGGGUCCGGGCGGCCGAGGCGGGCGGCUGAGGAGGGGGAACAAAGAGCGGCGGCUGAGGCGGCUGAGGAGUGGCGGCGGCGGCGCUGCAGCAGCGGGCGGGACUGGUAUGGUGGUUCCACAGGGCAGACCCCGCUGCACUCACCGGGAGGAGGCGGCGGCAGCGGCGGAGGAAGGCGGCGCAGCUCGAGAGAUUGCUGUGAAAAUCUUUCUGGGCCGCAGGGAAGGAGUAAGUCUUAACUGCUCUUGAGGUAUCAUCUGGCCAAGUCUUCUCGUUUUCAGAAAGGGCAUGCCCAAAGAAAAGUACGAGCCCCCUGACCCUCGGAGGAUGUACACAAUUAUGUCCUCUGAGGAAGCAGCAAAUGGAAAGAAAUCACAUUGGGCAGAGCUUGAAAUAAGUGGAAAAGUAAGAAGCUUAAGCUCAUCUUUGUGGUCACUAACUCACUUGACAGCUUUGCAUCUGAGUGACAAUUCCCUGUCCUGUAUUCCUUCAGACAUUGCCAAGCUUCACAAUCUGGUAUAUCUGGACCUGUCCCAUAAUCAAAUCCAGAGUUUACCGGCAGAACUCGGAAACAUGGUAUCACUCAGGGAGCUCCAUUUAAAUUACAACCAGUUACGAGUUCUACCUUUUGAGCUGGGAAAACUGUUUCAGUUGCAGACUUUAAGCCUGAAAGGAAAUCCACUUACCCAGGAUAUAUUGAACCUCUGUCUGGAACCAGAUGGAACAAGAAGGCUACUGAACUACUUGCUCGAUAAUUUGUCAGGUACUGCAAAAAGAAUUUCAACAGAACAACCACCUCCAAGAUCUUGGAUCAUGUUACAAGAACCAGAUAGAACAAGGCCAACAGCCUUGUUUUCUGUAAUGUGCUAUAAUGUUCUUUGUGAUAAAUAUGCGACCCGGCAGUUAUACGGCUACUGUCCAUCCUGGGCACUAAAUUGGGACUACAGGAAAAAGGCCAUUAUUCAAGAAAUUUUGAGCUGCAAUGCUGAUAUUAUAAGUCUUCAGGAAGUUGAAACAGAGCAGUAUUACAGUUUUUUUCUGGUAGAACUGAAAGAACGUGGCUAUAAUGGAUUCUUUAGUCCUAAGUCUCGAGCUAGGACUAUGUCUGAACAAGAACGAAAGCAUGUUGAUGGCUGUGCAAUAUUCUUCAAGACUGAAAAAUUUACUUUGGUUCAGAAACACACAGUUGAAUUUAAUCAGCUAGCAAUGGCGAAUUCCGAAGGGUCUGAAGCCAUGUUGAACAGAGUCAUGACAAAGGAUAACAUUGGAGUUGCAGUACUGCUAGAACUUCGAAAGGAAUUGAUUGAAAUAUCAUCUGGAAAACCACAUCUGGGAACAGAAAAGCAGCUUAUUCUCGUGGCUAAUGCUCAUAUGCAUUGGGACCCUGAAUACUCAGACGUGAAGUUGGUACAAACUAUGAUGUUCCUCUCAGAAGUGAAGAAUAUUAUUGAUAAAGCCUCUCGGAGCCUCAAAUCCAAUGUAUUGGGAGAGUGUGGAACUAUUCCACUUGUGUUAUGUGCAGAUCUGAAUUCUUUGCCAGACUCUGGUGUUGUAGAGUAUUUGAGCACUGGUGGGGUAGAAACAAAUCAUAAAGACUUCAAGGAACUGAGGUACAAUGAAAGUCUUACAAACUUCAGCUGCAAUGGGAAGAAUGGAAUGAGCAAUGGAAGGAUCACUCAUGGUUUCAAGUUAAAGAGUGCCUAUGAGAACGGCCUGAUGCCUUACACGAAUUAUACAUUUGAUUUCAAGGGUAUAAUCGACUACAUCUUCUAUUCUAAACCUCAGCUGAAUACUUUAGCCAUCCUGGGACCUCUGGACCACCAUUGGCUAGUUGAGAAUAACAUCAGCGGCUGCCCACAUCCGCUGAUCCCCUCCGACCACUUCUCCCUUUUUGCACAGUUGGAGCUCUUACUGCCUUUCCUGCCCCAGGUUAACGGCCUUCACCUUCCCGGCAGGAGGUAGUCACGUGCUUUCAGAGGACCUCAGAUUGACUUGCAAACUCCUGAAAAUCUGAAUAGAGGGGAGUGAGGUAUGGCCACUAGGGAUUUUUCUCAAUGAUCAUUUGAAUUUUCAGUCUGGUUAUUUGAUAAAGGAUAUAGUAUGAAAGCCAGGUGCUAGCAACAGACAAAUUCUGAGCCCAGUGUACUUUAUAUACUGCUAGACAGGGACUGGUGUGUUUACACCUUUUAAUUUGUUACAAGUAAUUUUCCUGUUUCUUCUCUCCAAUGUAUUGUCAUGCCUUGAAAUAGGAAGAUGUGUGAGCAGUGUGCUGUUUGCACAGAAAUCCACAGCACUGUUUUCUGAGGCCAGUAGUAACAUCAGAGACCGUUCUUCCAGACUUUACUCCCUCUUUUUUCAGACUUGUUUGUAAAAUGUAGAAUUUGAAUUUAGCCUUUAUGAUUGUAUAUGAUCCACAGAAGACCUGAUUUAUGAAUUUUUGUACUAAAAAAAAAAAGCAAAAUUGAAAACAAUUGUAUUGUAAACUAAGGCUAAUUUUUUUUAACCUGUGUCCUAUGUUCUGAAGGCCAGCUGGUAUAACAAAGUUGCAUCAGACUUUCUCUGCAGUGAUUUGCACUGUUAGGGUUUUGUUAGCCCUUUUGUACUACUUUAUUUUUAAAUUGAGAACAUUACUCUUUAAAUGUAAGUUUGCUUAGACCUUGGGAUAUUUUCUUGGACCAGAGGCAACUUAUGUAUGAACUCCUGAAUUUCUAUGGAAACUUUCUACCAGGACAGAUAAGCUGAUCUGUAGGCAUUUAGUGGACUGAAUAUGAGAGUUGACACAUGUACAUUCUGGUAUUUUUAAGUCUUUUACUUUUUAUGUUAAAAAAUUACAGCUGCUUAGGUACAGCUUCUAAGUCCUUUCUGAGACAUUUUCUGUUCUGUCUCCACUGUGCCUGCCUAAAUUUGUUCUCACAGAGCACUGCCUGUGCAUGCAGAGAAAAUCUGUGCAUCUUUUAUAUUUUUAAAAAAACUAACAUUUGUGAGAAUUUUAUGGAAAUGCUUUUGUAUGAGCUGUGGCUUCCCUCGUUGUAAAGCAUUGGAUAGCACAUUCUGGAACGUGUCCUGGGUCCUGGGUCUUCGCUCACCACACCCAGCACCGCUUCCUGGUGUCAUUGCGCCCAGAGUGCCACUAUCAUGUGUAUUUCUUAUUCUCUUAAUGUUUUAAAAAAAAAAUCAUUCCUUUUUUUUUUUUUAAGAAGAGUAAUUUUCUGUUUAUGAAGCAGUAUAAAUUAGAUGCAUUUUCAAAACAGUUUUUCCCUAAGACAAUUAUUUGGAUCAUUUUUAAAGUGACUAAGGAAUUUUAGUAUGUCAACCAAGAUAAAAGUUAUACUGUACCCUAUAUUUUGCCCAUAGUGCCAUUAGUAGAUUAGAGAUUAAAGUCACCUUUAACUUUACAAAGUUAACUUGUAUAUGUUCUGUUCUCAGUCGUUAGUUCUCUCAAAAUCAAAUGAAUUCAGAGGGAACUUGUCUGGCUGCUUUUGUUUCAACUGCAGGCAGUGGAGCAGAAGGGCGCCUUGUGGCACUACAGUGAACUGUUGAGUGUUAGCAGUUUUAUACAGAGACUGAGCCAUUUUGGAUGACUCAAAAUUUUAUGAGAAGACAUUUAAUUGCUUAUGCUGUUUUUAAGAGGAAAUAAAAUUACAUACUGUUUAAAUAAAUGAAUUUUUUCUUUUUAAGAAAUUCUCUAAAGGUCUUGAUCUUGAAUCUAUCUUGGACCUUGUUUUUCCUUUAAGGUUUUUUGUUUUGUUUGUUUAAUCUUAAUUGUAAUGUUGGGUUUAUUUGUUGUGGAUUUUUACUUUAAGAUGUGCUGGCACCAAACACAUCCAGUUUGUAAUCAACAGGUUGGUGUAGAACCAGUACAUGACUUGUAAUGGCUUUUUGUCCUGUCAUCCCCGCUUCCCCUGUCUCUGUCUCUUUCUUGUAAAGUGUGAAUAUAAGAUGUGUUGACUCGAUUUUCUUAAACACUGUGUUGGUAGUGUGCAUCAUGACAAUUUCCAGUGAAGGUGAACUGGAUCUGGUUGGACUGAUGGGACUGAGGAACCCACUUUUCUUGUGACCUGCUAAGAGAAGCACAGGUCCAGAGUGUGGCGUGAGGAGUGGGGAGGAGCACUUACUCAUUUCUGCAUUUGUUAGUGGAUGAUGUAUUCCUUUCAUGGAUGCUGGAACUAGAGUGCACUUGUUUGAUGCUAAAGGUUUGAGCUUUACACAAAACAUUUCAUCUGUAUUUGUUACUGUCUACAAUAUGUUUGAAUUUGGGGGCAGCAUAGUAAGCUAUAAUUGCCUGUUAUGUCUUGGAAGUACUUGUUUUGCCUCUUUUAGGCAUACUGCAUUCUAUGGGUCAGCUUGAACAUCUCCACCUUGGUUAGAUAGUGAUAAGUUGAACGGAGAGUGUAGAUUUACAAGUAUAAUCUUCAAAAGAAAAAUAUUUUGAAUCUAUUGAGAAUAAAUGUUCACACCAAAAUAGACUGAUACUUUGUUAAGUAAGGUUUUAUGUUUUAAAUGCUUUGUGUCCAAAAUAAUUUCCAAGAACCUAUACUUCUUAAAAUGCAUAAAACUAGUCUGUUUUCAUAAUGUAGAUUAUUUUUGGAAAAUUCUGUAAUAAAUAUAUGUAAUGUUUUGCUAUAAUGUAAUUUCAGUGUUCUUGCUGAUAAAUACAUCUUAGGAGUGUUUUACAGAAUGUUUGGAAUGUUUCCCUUUCUAAAGAUGAGCAGAUUGGAGGCACUCAAAUCUUUGUAAAUCUUAUGAAGUACAGUUUACAGUAUUGGUGGUAAUUAUUUAUGCUUUGAGAAUUUAAAUAAUGUUCAUUGAAAUUAAUUUAUGGCAUAGUAUAAACUGAAGUUUUAGAAGUAAAUUGUUGAUUGCAGCUUUAAUAAUCCCAGAACACAGGCAUCUCCAAAAAUUGUUUUUGUUUGUACAUUUAUUUGAUUUGGUGUCAACCAGGAAAAUUUAUUUCAUAUUAGCACUUUGAAACCUAAAUAAGUAAUUAAAUUGGGUAGAAUGCACUUCUAAAUCUUUAAAUUAUAAUUGAAACCUCUUAAGAUUUCCAUUUUCCAAUAACAUUCAUGGUUUAGAGUUCCACUUUUCCACUAUUUAAACUACAGAACUCCUUUCCAUCAUGACUCUGAAGUUUGGUGGUCAUAUCAUAGGACAAAGCCAACCAGGCAAGACACUUCAGUCUUGCGAUGAGUCCCACCGUAACAUCCAGUACAGCGAUAAUUCCGAGAACAUAAGCAGGUGUCCUCCAACCACAAGCAGUAUUUUAAGAUGUUUGCUUUGUUCCUUUUGGUUACAUAAGUUUAUAAAACUAGUAUGUUGAUGUAGUGUCUAAAAUAGAGUAGUCUUUAUUCACAGUACAUUCUGUUGUGUAAUGCACUGGACUAACUCUUGUUUACCAUUCUUGUAACAAAACCCAGCACACUUUCUGCACUAUGCUCCAGAAUGUCACAUCUGCCCAGGCAGCUCUUUGAUAAGGGUGAUGAGAAACUGAAUCUGCACCAUAUGGACUGGUGGUUAACAAGGGCUUGUACUGUUCUUUUCAGUGGAAUCUUCUUGGUCAAAUUGUAACUAGCUAGUAUUAUAUUUAUAUACAGGGUCUCUUUUCCUUACCGAUGUAUUUUCCUACUCAUAGCCAACCAAUAAAUUCAAUAUCUGUUUCAAAUA